CUACUGCAGUACAGUUUAUUUUAUCACAAUUAUGAGUAUUUAUAUAACUUUAAACCAAAUUAAACAUUAGCCUUGGCCAGCUUUGGUAUAUGCCUAUAUUUGGAUGAGGUGAGUGUUAAAAACUUCAAAGAUGAGUGGCGACCAAGUACAAACAGAGUUUGUGGUGUCUGACUACGGCAAGAACUUCGUCAAACUGCUCUAUGUCAGGAAAGGCCAGGCAAAACAUUCUAUUAAGGAGUUAGAAGUCUGCACAGCGCUGACAUUAAACAACCACCGCGACUACAUAUUUGAGGAUAACUCUGACGUCAUCGCAACAGACACGCAGAAAAAUACCGUACAUGUUCUUGCAAAGCAACAUGGGGUGAAGAAUAUAGAAACGUUUGCUUUGAUUCUGAGCGAGCAUUUUCUCAGAAAGUACCCGCACGUUGUAGCUACAAAAAUCUCCAUUGAAGAGUACCCAUGGAAGAGGAUUCAAAUUGAGGGCCAGCCCCAUAACCAUGCGUUCCAAUUUGUUGCCGACGGUACACGUAUUUGUGAAGUGCAGCAGAAACGAGAGGAGCAACCAGUGGUGAUGGCAGGUAUACGCAAUUUACGAGUUCUAAAAACUACGGAGUCGGCAUUCCGUCAGUUUGUCACAGACGAGUUCCGUACGCUACCCGACACAGACGACAGAGUCAUGUCCACAGUCGUCACGGCUGAUUGGUGGUACAACACGGCCAUGGGAUUCUGUUUUGACAAAGCGUGGGAGAUUGUAAAGUCGACCAUUCUUGAGAAGUUUGCGGGGCCACCAGAGACGGGAAUGUUUUCCGCCUCUGUACAAAACACCCUGUAUAUUUCUGGGAAAGCUGCUAUAGCCAGGAUUCCACAGGUUGACAGAAUUGAUAUAACGCUGCCCAACAAACAUUACUUUGAUGUCGAUUUCUCCCGAUUUCCAAAGUUGGAAUUCUCCGGAUGUGAAAAUAACCAGGUUUACAUGGCCGUAGAUAAGCCAUCUGGCAACAUCCACGCCCAGAUUCGACGAUCACCAUCUUCCAAGUUGUGAGCUUUCUAAAAAUCAAAUAGCGGCUAAAAUAUCGGUAGACCACUGCAUCCAGAUUAAACAAUCAGACUUUAUUACAUCCAGCUGAAGAUUUGCCAAUCAACUUUCUUCCUAGUUGUGAAAUUGUUGUCUGUCUUGAGUUUAAAAUAUUGUUUGACCAAUCUUAAUAUUAUUGAAACAUGCUUUCAUUUUUUGUAUGUUUUCUGAAUCAAAAUUUGCUUGCAGAAAGAAUUGAAUUUGUGUAGAAAUUAUUAAAAAGAAAUUGUUUGUUCAAAAUUAUUGUAUUAUAUUUUUAGAAGCAAAAAUCAUAAAAUCUUCAAAAAUGGGUUUUAAAAUAAGAAGAGAAUAUUAGAUGGUUGAUUUAUGGGGGCUGAUUUCUCGAAACUACUUAAGUUUCUUAAAUCUGUCUGACUAAAACUAAGUUUUAUAUAAUAAAAUGAGGUUAAAGUUAGAGAUUUUGUUAAAGAAAAUAAGCUACUUAAAUCUGUUAAGCUUAAGAAUUUUGUAGAAAUCAGGGCCAGGUUUUUUUAUUACUUAAUAGUGUUUGUUAAGCAAGCAAUAAAAAAUGCUAAAAUUCCACAUUUCAAUCGACUAACAAAGUAUUCCUAUAUUUCAAACCUAAAAAGAAUUUUUAAAAUAAAAGUAACAAAAAACUUUCUUGAAAAAAUGACAAUCAUCCAACAUGAAUGUAUUUCUUUUUCGUAUUAUACUGAAAGUAGAUUUGCAAGCAGGUUACACCGGCUACUGUCUGAUACGGAAUUCAAAAAUGCAGUGCGUAAUACAAACAUUCUCUGCAGGUGUUCAUGUUUAAUGUAUCAAUCAUGUCAUAUUUAUACGGAAAUUUUACAGGUUAGAAAUAAAUCCAUCAUGUAUGUUUGUUGGUUGUACACGCACAAGCUAAAGGUAGCGGUGUCUGUCGGGGGAAUAGUGAAAUUAUUUUUGGAUAUAAUAUAAAGGUAGUGUUUAUAGCAUUUCUUGUUACCAACGCUUUAAGAAAAAUUAAAUUUUUCGACAGUUUUUCAUACAAUUGAGAACUGUUCUAUUGUGAGGUAUCUUGAAUGACUGAAUUGAAGGCAUUGAUGCCAAAACAAGCUGAUUCUGAGACAUUUUUUGAAAAGAAAUGUCAUACAUGCUAAUCUGUGAGAGGGCUGCUUUAAUGUAAAGAAUGUUAAUAAAAGUUAAUGAUUAAACACACACCUUUAUUUGACUUUCGAGUUGCAAACAUGUUUUUAACAUUCUCGUUCACCAGAGUAAUGAUGCUAUGCGUACCAUAGAUUGAUCACGAUUAAACCUCUGAUCAAUGAGAAUGGUUUUAAAGGCAAUAAUUAUCAGAUCACACUAUAUGUAUAUACCGUAACCAAAUAAAAAAGUAACAUUAUAUAAUUUUAUAAGCCCUGAUGAGCUACAAGCGAAAGCACUCAGCUUAAUAAAGAAAAGAAUACCCAUGUGAUUUUUUAUUUGCUUAUAAAGAUUUUUUAACAGGCACUUUAAUUAUAUCAAAAUCUAUUUUUUAUUUUUUACCAUCCCUGACAGUAUCAUUACUGCAAUGCAUGGACCAAAGGGAUGUUCAAAUUACAUGGAGAACAUGAAAUAUUGGUUUAACAAAAGUCUGUCUCACCAGCUGUUAAAAAAUUUAGAUAUAUAGACUUUACAAUAAUCAGGAUUAAUUUAUUUUAUAGCUUUUUCUAUGAUGUAAAAAUACUAUAUAAAAAAAAAUUGGAAUCCCAAGAUAAAUAAAUGUCAUUCUUGAGAAAUUGUUUACUGGAAAAUAAAACUGGCCCCUUUUAUCUGCCAGAAUCAAAUUCAAUACUGUAGGAUAAGUUUUCAAAUUACUUGACAUUUUUUAUAAAAUAUUUUGAGAUUUUGUGAAAUAUUAAGAAGCUUUUUUAUUGUUGUUCAGCUUUCUUGUAUUGUUUUUUUUUAAUGUUGUCAAAAAACUGACUGGUCAGAAUUAUUACAACACGUCUUUGUAACUAUUUCAUGUCUAAAUAAAAUGUUUCUUUUAUUUGUAUCACUAGUUUAGUGUUUUUUUGUGGGUGUUACAUAUCGAUGGCCUCACUUCAAAAUGUCAAGAAAUAGUCCAAUGAGAAAAUGGUGUUGUAUCAUGUGAUCAAAAUGUCGAGCGAUGAUUGGACAUUUCACAGAGAAGCAAAAAUACCGAACCUUAAGAAAUUGUAACAACAAAAAUUGUAGCUUCGGCAUUUUGUAAAAGAAAUGUGUGACCAAAUUAACAAAUUACCAAGACUCUUAGGUGAAUUACGGUAAAAUUGUUGCUACUGAAAAAAUGGGAUUUUGUAGCUUCGACAUUUGAAAGUGAGGCCAUUGAUAUAUAUAUAUAUUGAUUUCAUGCUUUUUGAUGGUUUAUUAUAAAAAAUAAUGUAAACAAAAUAAUCCUGAUCAAUUUAGUGUUUGAAAUGUCAUAUAUUUAAUAUGUUUUAUAUGUUAAACAGAAAACUUUGAAUUCUUUUGAUAUAUUAACAACCUGAUGAAGGCCGAAUGGCCGAAACGUUGUUUCAUAAAUAAAUAAUUUGUGUUGAAGUUGGACUUCUUUAAUUAUCACCAUAUUUGAUAUAUUAAAGCAUAUUUCUUAAAAAUAUUGCUACUUUUUCUCUAUGUGAUAAAGAUUACAAGUUUUGUUUUAAAAUUGCAUAGAACAUCACAUAACAGUAUUAAUCUUAAAAUGAAAGCCAUUUCUAUUUUGUCUUUUAUUAUUUUUCACUUUUCUUUUCCAUUUUGGUUAAGAUCAUUUGUAACUCAUUUGCUUUUUUUAAAAAUAAAUAAUUGAGGUAUUGUUAUUAAAUUGUUCAAAAUACUGUUCAAAACAUUCAAAUGAAACUUGGAACGAAUGUUGCAAAGACAGUAUAAAGAGCUUAGCCCCUUGGGGUUCGACUGAACAAGCAACACUCAUAAGCCAUGAGCCUCUAUAUGCGACUCUUUUAUUUGUAUUCUCUGUUUCAAACGAAAAAAUCUUUACUUUUAUCAAUGUGUAUUUUACAUUUGAACAUUGCAUUUACUGUAUGAAUUUAAGUCCACAUGAAAGUGACUCUCUAUUUAAAAUCAAUACAUACACAUGUAUAACAAACAUAGAUUUUGAGUGAUAAACCUUUAACUCCUAAUUUAAUUAUACACUUAUGGAAAAUAUUAAUUACUGAUAACAAGAUUGUAACCAUGAAUUUAAUAGCUUUAAACAUCUAAAAAUAUUAAAUGAUUGGUGAGCGCUAAAAGAUUUACUGUGAUGUCUUAUAAGAUAGAAAUACGUGUUUUCUGCACUUUUUUCAAAUUAAACUUGGUAUCCUUCAUAAGAACCAUUGUUUUCGAUAUUUAUUCAUCAUUUUUGGUAUAAAUAAACAUUUGUAUUAAUUGUGGUAAAUCUUUUUUCUUAGUAAGAUUGCAUCUUAAAUGUAUUAAUUUAAGUCCAUAUUAAAAUAUAAGAAAUAUAUUAAAGGAUGUGUCUCAUUUCACUUAAACUUCUGUUUUUCUUUAUAUCUUAAAGGUACUCGAUCAUGUUUGAUGGGGUUAAAUAUGAAACAAAAAUAAAUUUUGUUUGAAUUGUGAACAAUAUGUUUUUGUACAGUAAUAAAAAAUAAUGAAAUGAUUAAAUCAGAGCUCUUACAUGUAUGUUAAUGAUUAUUUAAAUACAAAUGUAUGUAACAAAAUGCUCUAUUUUGCGGAGAAGCGUUUGUAAGGCUAUUGAAAAUGGAUGAUUAAAGUUUUAAUUUUAAUAGAUCAAGUUCAAAUGAGUUUCUAUAAUAAUAAUAAUAAUUAUAUUAAUAAUGAUAUUAAUAAAAUAAUAAUAUUUUUUGUUAUAAUAAUGAUGAUAAUAAUAAUAAAAAUAAAUAAUAAUAAUAAUAUGUAACUAAAAUAACUCCCUUUUCAAUAAAAAAAUUUCUGAUAAUAAUAAUAAUAAUAAUAUGUAACUAAAAUAACUCCUUUUCAAGAAAAAAAUUUCUGAUAAUAAUAAUAAUAAUAAUAAUAAUAAUAUGUAACUAAAAUAACUCCUUUUCAAGAAAUUAAAAAAAAUAUGUUGCCACCAUAUAAUCUGUCAAUGUGUCCCUUUAAAGAUAUGUUCAUCGUUUGUGGUUGUAUUGCAUUGCAUCUUAGCUUUGAAGUUUGUUUUUUGAGGCCAGAAAUUGGGGUAAUGUUAUAGCCUUGAUAAGCAAGCCCACUUGCUAUAAGCCUAUUUGUCAAGGAAGGUUGUAAAAACUAUAACUUUACCAAAUGUUGGUUGGACACGCAUGUCAACAAAAUGUUCACACAAGACUUACUUAUAUUUACACCAAUGUUACUAGUAAUGAUAUGCAAAUUUGUAGCAAGGGGAAACCAAAAAUAAAGACAUCAUUGAAUGUGUAUUUUGUGAUGGCAGAGUCAUGGAAAAUAAAUUUCAUCUCAUGUUUAAGUGUGAUAUACAUGUAUAUUUAAAAUAAGAAAAAGAUACAUUUAGACUUUAGUACUGACAGAAUCCAAUAUUGAUAAAGCUGAUAGAUCUUUUGCAAAAUGAAUACAAACUGUGUGCAAUAACUCUGGAUUUUAUACAUGUUGAGUUAUUUCCCUUUGUAUUGACAAAAGAAAAAAACAACAGACCAGCUAGGUAUUGAUAUCAUCCACUUUGUGUGUACUUGUAUUUUUUUGUGUAUUCAAAGACAAUUAUAUAACAUGUUGUUUUUUUGUGUUAUAUCGGGUAAUUUAAAAAAAAGUUUCAUUUCAAUAUAUUUUGUACAUAUUGUACUGUUCUUGGAAGUGCUAUCUAAAAAGAGUUAUUGGGAGAUUUAAUGGUUUUACAUACAAUUUGUUUUUGUUAAGGUACCGUUUACCAUUGUUGAGGUUGUAUUGUGCACCAUUCAAUUGUAACCACGGCCCCAAGGUCCGGGGGAUAGCGCGGGGACUUUGACUUUCAGUCCAGCUGAUCCCGGUUAAAAUCCUCGCCCUGCGGGAACAAACUGCUAGUAAAAUCCUCGCUAAAUGCUCCCGCACCCCGUGGACAUCCUAGGUUAGGCUCAUUCCCCGCAGUUUCGGCACGAAAACAAAACCACAGCAUUCACUCGGCACUGUGGGGCCACCUGGAAGGUAAUAACACGGCCCAUUUCCACCGCUAUCCGCGGUUUACCCCCGGACCUGGGGUUGGGGGCGUGGUAACAAUUGACUGGUGCAUUAACCAUACUGUAUAAUGUGAUUGAUGUGAAGUCUUGUAUUUCAAAUUAGCCAGAUUCUUUUUGAUUCGUUUUUUUAGAAUUACAGAUAUGUUGCAAUAUAUAUAUAAAUAUAUUCUAGAGUAAUAAAUUAUUUUCAAAAUCA